AACUCAUCAAUACAAUCAAAACUUCAUACUAUUAUGAGUAUCAUCAUGUCUUCAAAAUUACCAUCUUCUUUUCUUUCUGUUUCAGUAAUAGUUGCUCUCUUGCUGGCAACUACUGAACUAGUGACCUCUCAGAAAACAACUUCCUUCGACUUUCAAAAUUUCACUUCUGGUCAAUCUGAUUUAAUCAUGCAAGGUAGUACCGCGAUUUUACCAAAUGGGGUAAUGGCCCUAACCAACCUUUCUAAACAAAGUACUGGACGGGUGUUGUAUUCAAAUCCAGUGACUAUUUGGGAUAGUACUACUGGACAUGUCGCUAGCUUCGUUACUUCCUUUACCUUCACGGUUGAGGAUUAUCAAGGUUAUAAACAAGCCGAUGGACUCAUCUUCUUUCUUGCACCACAAGACACCGUAAUUCCUCACAACUCUGUGGGUUCAAAACUCGGAGUAGUUGAUGGGAAAAAUGCUUUCAAUCAAUUUGUUGGUGUCGAGUUUGAUAGUCAUGCCAAUAAGUUAGUGUUUGAUCCCAAUUAUGCACAUAUUGGAAUUGAUGUUAACUCAGUAAUAUCAUCCAGUACAACACCAUGGAACAGGGUGAGUGGGUCAUUGGUGAAAGUAAGUAUAAUCUAUGACUCUCCCUCUAACACAUUGAGUGUUGUUGCCACUAACAGCAAUGGUCAAAUUUCUACUCUUGCUGAUGUUGUUGAUUUGAAAGCUGUUCUCCCACCGAACGUUAGGGUUGGUUUUUCUGGAACAGUUACAGCUGUCGGCCGCCAAUUGCAACAGAUUCAUUCAUGGUCUUUCACUUCAACCUUGGCAUGAUUGGUCUCCUACGUACGUUAUGUAUGCAUGCAUGCAUGGAGAUUGUGAUAUAUAAUAACUAGUAUGGCUAAACAAAAGUCCAUAUUAGAUUGUGAUAAUAACUAGUAUGCCUAAACAAUAGACCAUACUAGAUUGUGAUAGUAACUUGUAUGGCUAAACUCCCUCAAGAAAAGAAAAAGAAAAAAAAACUAGUAUGGCUAAACUAGAUUGUGAUAAUAACUGGUAUGGCUAAA